AUGGCGCCUCUUGUCCCUUCGCAGGAGGAGCUGCAGCGUCGCCGUAUCAUCGGCAUCAACCCGGAAACCGUUACCAACAUCCCCUCCACAGAUUUUCCCGGUCAUUGGCCAGGUGAGUCGCAUGAGUGGGCGCUCGAUACAUUCAAGAAUGGCUUCCAGGUCGAGUUCCACCGCAAUGACCGGUUCGAGUCUUCCUUCUCGCUAAUUGGACUCGACGCCGCCGUCGCCAAUGCUUUCCGCCGUAUUCUCAUGGCCGAGAUCCCGACCAUCGCCAUCGAAGACUGCUUCAUUCACAACAACACUUCGGUUAUUCAAGACGAAGUCCUCGCAUCACGACUGGGCCUGAUCCCGCUCAAGGGUUCCGUGGAGGGGAUCAACUGGAUGCACUGGGUCAAGAAGGAAUCAGACGAUGAGCCCGGCAGCGGUGCUUGUGAUUUCAACACCAUUGUGCUCCGCCUUGACGUUGAGUGCUAUAAGAACGAGUACGCGGACAAGGACGAACAGGACCCCCGCAAGCUCUAUACCAACGCCCACGUCUACGCCAAGGACCUCAUGUUCCACCCAGUCGGUCGUCAGGAGGACUUCUUCGUCGGCGACGGUGCCAUCGCGCCUGUCAACCCGGAUAUCUUGAUCGCCAAGCUCCGGCCCGGCCAGAAGAUCGAGAUGGAACUGCACUGUGUCAAGGGUAUUGGUGCUGAUCACGCCAAGUUCUCUCCUGUCGCUACCGCGUCGUACCGCCUCCUCCCCGAUAUCAAGAUCGAGCGUCCCAUUAUCGGCGAAGAUGCCAGGAAGUUUGCCAAGUGCUUCCCUAAGGGAGUGAUUGGCCUUGAGCCUGUUACCGCCGCUGAGGCUGCGCGCAGUGGAAGCGGGUACGAGGGCCAUGCAGGAGAGCAGAAGGCCGUUGUGAAGGAUGCGUUCAAGGAUACCGUCAGCCGAGAGUGCUUGCGCUACGAUGAGUUCCAGGGCAAGGUGAAGCUGGGACGGGUGCGGGAUCACUUCAUCUUCAAUGUGGAGAGCACCGGCCAGUUCGAGAGCGAUGUUCUCUUUUUGGAGGCCGUCAAGGUGCUGAAGUUCAAGUGUGCUCGUUGGAAAAGGGGUCUGACCGAUUUGAUGGCUUAA